CAGCUUCUAAUGAAUUCAGUUCCGAAAUCAUCACCGCCCAAGUAAGCAAUGUUCCGAUUUGUGGCAUUAUCCAUCGUUUUGCCAGCGCUUGUCGUUGGUCUGGCCGUUCGAACAUGUCCGAACAAUGCCGAUCUUCCGCUGGAGGUUCGUGUCGUCGAUUGCUACGAAGAGCCGUGUGUGAUUGCGAUGGGCGACAUGGUCGAUAUGGAUCUUGACUUCUUGGUGAAUCGCAACAGCGCCACGGUGAAUGCCACCUUGGACAUCUAUCUGGGAAAUUUCCGAGUACCGUACGAUCUACCAGAGGACCAACGGAAUGCGUGUAACUUCUUCAAGGACCGUGGCUGUCCGAUCCAGGAGGGCGAGCAAAUCAACUAUCACCUCCAAACACCGGCUUCGGCUCCGUUUGCCAAUGUGACCGUCGAUCUGGAACUGCAACUGACGGCUGAUUCCGGCGAUCCGCUGUUCUGUUUCCGUUCGUCCGCCCGGAUCGUGUAGGUUGACAAAAGUUUUGUAGAAAAAAAUUUGAGUUACCAAGUUUUGACAAUCUUAUUGUAUUUCGCCCGAUUUCACUACUUUCUUUGGAGCUAAUCGUGCCGAACAAUAAAGAUAUUCCUUCUAAAA